CCAGCGGUGGGCAGUAGCGACAGCGACUGGCACCUCACCAGCGGCGAGCUGCGGCUAGGAUAACACCUGCUGCCGUGUCCCACAGACCCGCGGCCAGCUGCCAGAGGCGCUUCUCCCGAUACUCACCGUCCAGCAACAUCAGUGAAGGAGUGGUCGUCAAGAACAGGAGUGUGAUGCGUUAACUCAUCUAACCAGAAGUUUCAAACUGACAGUACAAACUGGAUAGCUUAAAUAUCGAGAAAGAAAAGGUCUAAGUGCACAUGUUCUACUAACAACAAAGAGCAGCGUGUUUGCCUGGUGAAUAUAUCAUACAAAUCGUUUGGACUGCCGUGUGGUAAUUCAGUAGUCAUUUCAAAUGUUUGAGCCAUUAUUACAUUAAUUUUUAGGAUGAAACGCCGAGACGCCUGUGAAGAAAUAAUAGCUAGCAAAACCAACAAAUAAUCAUCCAGUUGUAAGUGAAAGUCGCAGCAGUAUAGCUUCACCGCAUUCAGAUUCCUUAGCGUUUCUGAAGCUUCAGAAAAUUUCACUCAACUGACAGCUUAAACUCACUGUUGCAAGUACAUUUUCGAAAUGACUGUACUUCCGUAGUAAUCGGUCUUUGUUUCAAACAGAAGGAAUUUAGAAACAAAGGAUGAAUUACUAGUAUACGCACGUAUCUUAACAUUUUUCCCUGACGUACUUGAUCAUCGACUCCAAUCGCUAUUCCAAAAUUUAUAGCAUGCAGGCGUAAAAGAAAAAAUUACGAUAAACAAAAACGAGCUGUAAUGUUCCACAGAUACAGCGCCUAAUUAGUUUCCUUGCAAAUCGUGAUAGGCGCUUUUCCGGAAAGCAGACCGAGGACGUCUUCCCAGCACUCCACCACUUCAGCUACAGCAUAUCAGCAUGCCGAACGGAGAGUUGGCUAAAAUGACGCCGGACAUCACCGUAAUACACUGCGCGCCGGACGUCGCCAACGGAAAGACACCGCCACCAAUGGGCGAGAAAACUCCUGUCGAACCGUGUUGCCUGGCCGCCGUCAAGGGCGUGAUGGCGGCGUUCCGGCGGCACCCCGAGACGGGCUCGGUGUUCGGCAAGCUGUCGGCGCGCCGCAUGCUGGUCGUGUUCUGCGCCGAGCUGCUGGGCACCGCGCUGCUCAUGUUCGUGGGCUGCAUGGGCGGCGUCUACGGACUCGACGGCACCUCCCAGAAGCCGCCCGGCCUGCAGGGCCCGCUCGUCUUCGGCAUGACCGUUGCCACAGUCAUACAGAUCGUGGGCCACAUAUCGGUGGCGCACCUGAACCCUUCGGUGACGCUGUGUGCGGUGCUGCGCGGCGACUUGAACGUGGCGGCCGCCCUGGUGUACCUGGUGGCUGAGGGCGUGGGCGCCGUUCUGGGCUUCGGCCUGCUGCUGGUGGCGACGCCGGCCAGCGUGGUGUGCGAGUGCACCACAGUCCCCGCGGCGCCGCUGACGCCCCUGCAGGCGCUGCUGGUGGAGGCCGUCGCCACGGCCGUGCUGGUGCUGCUCUGCAUGGGCCUCUGGGAUGGCCGCAACAGCCGCAACACCGACUCCUCGCCGCUCAAGUUCGGCUUCUACAUCACCAUCAUCUCACUCGCUGCGGGCCCUUACACGGGAGCCAGCAUGAACCCAGUGAGGACACUGGCUCCAGCGCUCUGGAAGAACGUCUGGACGGACCACUGGAUCUACUGGGUGGGUCCCCUGUCGGGUUCGGCGGUGGCGACCCUGCUGUACCAGCUGGUGUUCGAGGAGCGGCCAUCCGAGGUGGCCUCCAAAAAUAGCGACAACAGCGUUGGCUGCUGCGCCGGAGGUAGCACAGACGCUGACGACUCUGUGGUGACUGAGAGCCACAGGUUCUAGCAGCGGACGCGCCUCUUCACUGUUCUCAGACCAGACUUGGGAGCAUCUGCGUUGGCUCCUCAGCGAUCACGAACUUUACAGAACCUGCAAGCCCUUAGUCUGUUCUUUCCUCACUGUGCAGGGGUCGAUGAGGGCUGAAAAGCCAAGAACGUAACCUCGAGGAAAGCGAGAUCAUCGUACCUGAAAUCCCAAGGGCCUUGUGAAAGACAGAAUUCAUAUACUGCAGAAACUCGUCGCAAAUGGAUACUUCAUGGCAAUGGAUCACUCAGACAGUGCUUCCUCUCAGUGGUCAAUCCUGCCCUCUCAAUGUGCCAAUGGCUGCUCUCUAAGCUCAACAGAGCUCUAAGAAUACAGGAAAUUAUUGAAAUGUUUUUAUUGCCUAUGCAUUUCAAAUCAUGCUUGACUUGUUAGUAUUAAGAGCUUCAAGGCUCAAGACCGAUAUCCACUGUGCCGUUAAUGUGAGAUACGAGAUAAAAUACUUGCAAAUAUUAGAUAAUUAAGCUUUGGCUUAUGUUUUUAGGGCUUUAAACUUAAUCUAAUUGUUUGAACUUAUUUACUUUUGUUUUCCAACGACGUACUCCGCAGUUGAGUGUGCACCGUUUUGAAAUUUCCUGGCAGAUUUAAACUGUGUACGAGAGUAAGACUCUAAACCGAAACCUUAUCUCUUGUGAGCAAUGCUGUUACUGACUGAACUAAACAGCCACUGCUCCAUCUCGUGAGUCAUAUCUGUAUAACUUAGUCGGUGAAGGUAUUGCCAACUAAAGGCAAGUUUCCGGGCCCUACAUGUACUUCUACACCUUUACUCCGCAAACAAUCUUACAGUGUGUGACGAAGAGUACUUUGUGUAUCUCAGUCAAUAUCCUCCUUUCUGUUACAGUCACGAAUGAUACGCGGGAAAAUCGGUUGUUGGUAAGCCUCCGUGUGCGCUCGGAUCUCUCUAAUUUUGCCUUCACGAUCAUUUCGCGUGAUAAAGGCAGGUGGAAGCAAUAUGUUCAUUGACUGCUUUAGUUACGUAUGCUGUCGGAAUUUUAACUGUAAACCAUAUCUUGCUGCACACUGCCUCUCUUGUAACGUUUGUCGCUCAGUUGGAUGAGCGUCACCAUUCCUAAAUGUACGUUUAACGGUAAGUCGCUGCUCACCUUUGAGUUUUCUCUGUUUCCUCCAUCGAUUCUCCUAUUUGCCAAGAGUUAACAGACUGAGAAGCAAUAUUCAAGUAUCAGUCGAACUAGGGGUUCGUAAGCUGCCUCCUUUGUUGUAGACUACACUUCUUGAGAAUUCUUUCAAUGAAUCGAGACCUGGUCCGACACACAGUUUGAAUCUACCACGAAGUUUCGAAGUAGGAAUACUGUUUGAGCUCGAGUGUUUUAUUGACAUGGAUCAUGGAUGAUUUCCAUUGAGACUUCUAGUGUGAUUCAGUUGAUCA